AUUAGAAAAAGAAGGCUUUUUGUGAUUUCAGCCUUAAGGAAAUAGUUCUUUUGCAUUGUGGGAAAUAUUUAUAAAUGACAGCUGCAUGUAGCUAAAACCAGUAAUUCUAUUUCAGCUUGAAUUUGAUUUGGACGCUUCCUGAGUAUGAGUAUCUUCUCGCUUUCAUGGUCCCUCUCCUGAAAAGCAGAUGCAACCCCCACCACACACCUUCCUUGGGUAUUUUGAGUGCAAUAAAAUCAAAGACUGUGAGAAGUGGAGGAACUGCAAUUAAUUUCAAUACUGUAGUAUUAAUAAAAAUUAUUUUUGGCACUGGGUGGCUGAACAUCUUUGCUCUUUAUGGAGACCUCAUAUGUAAGAAACGUCUAACCCUUUGUAAGACUGCUGCCCAGUAGACUGCAACAUGGAGACACAGCUAGACCCAAUGAAGGAUGACUUGCCCUUAAUGGCCAACACUAGCUACAUGCUUGUAAAGCACUACGUAUUGGACUUGGAUGUGGAUUUUAAAAGUAAAGUUAUUGAAGGCAUCAUAGUUUUAUUCUUUGAGACUGGGAGCCGGUACAGGAAAAUGAGCAGCAGUGGCAAAGAGGGCUGCAAGUCACAGUCUGAUGAAGCCUGUAAAAUAAGGACAUCUGAACCUUGCCACAUUCCUGUGACAAAUGUGAGUGCCUGUUCAUCUAAAGUGGAAUUUAAUGAUUUUGCUGUCUGUGGUAAAGGUGAAGAAGAUACUUCUGACAAAAAUGGUAACCAUAGCAAUAAGGAACAGGCUUCUGGGAUUUCUAGUUCAAAGGACUGCUGUGACACAGAGAAUCAUGGGAACACAGAUUUUCUGCUGGUAUUGGACUGCUGUGAUUUAUCCGUGCUAAAGGUUGAGGAGGUAGAUGUUGCUGCUGUGUCAGGCAUUGAAAAAUUCAUAAGAUCUGCCAAACCAGCUGAUGUUUCAAAGGAGCUGGAAAAUCUUAGGAAUCAGAUUGUACAUGAACUUGUAACUUUACCUGCAGAUUGCUGGAAGGAACAGCUACACUAUUUUACUUGCUGCAGUCGGGCGCCGGGCUGUGGAGAACUUCUGUUUACUACCGGCACUUGGAGCUUGGAGAUAAGGAAAUCAGGAAUUCAGACACCAACAGAUUUUCCUCAUGCAAUAAGAAUAUGGUACAAAACCAAACCGGAGGGAAGAUCUGUUACGUGGACUACAGACCAGAGUGGCAGGCCAUGUGUUUAUACGAUGGGAUCGCCAAUAAACAACAGAGCCCUUUUCCCAUGCCAGGAACCACCCGUUGCCUUGUCAACAUGGCAAGCCUCAGUCCGAACAGCUGCAGGCUUUGUUGUGUUAAUGAGUGGUGAAAAUUCAGCAGAACCAAUCCAUCUUCAAGAAGGUAUCUUGAGCUGGUACUACUAUGUGACUAUGCCAAUGCCAGCAUCUACCUUCACUAUUGCUGUAGGGUGCUGGCAGGAAGUUAAACAGCAGUCCUUCACAGCUGCUAUCCAGGCAAACAUUGAGUUUUCCUUGCCAUCUUCACAAGCUGACUUCAGAUGGCAUGAAGAAAUCUGUGGUCAUGUGGAAUAUCCAUGCCGUUUCCAAAAUCCUGAUGCCAGGUUGCAGGCAGUCAUUCCUUACAGAGUCUUUGCUCCCUGGUGCCUUAUGGAACGCUGUGAAGAACAUUUGCUUCAGCUAAUUCCUCAGUGUCUCUCAGCUGCUUACACCACACUGGGUACCCACCCCUUUUCCAGGCUUGAUGUUUUGAUAGUUCCUUCCAACUUUUCCAGCCUGGGAAUGGCCAGCCCACACAUCAUCUUCCUGUCACAGAGUGUACUACCGGGAGGGAGACAUCUCUGUGGAACACGCCUGUGCCAUGAAAUUGCUCAUGCUUGGUUUGGACUGGCCAUUGGUGCUCGUGACUGGACUGAAGAGUGGUUAAGUGAAGGGUUUGCCACGUUUUUAGAAGAUGUAUUUUGGGCUAGGGCACAACAGCAGCUGUCACAUGAUGAAGUAAAAAGGCAGCAGGAAUUGAAAGCUUUACUUCGCUGGCGCCGACUCAGAGAUGAGGUGCAGAACUCUGAAGAAGAGCUGCAAGUUUUAAGGCCCAAAAAGGAGAGCACGGGAGAAUCGAGUGAGUCUGGAGCAUCUCUUGUCAAACAUGGUCUUAAAGCAGAAAAAAUCUUCAUGCAGGUUCACUAUUUGAAGGGUUAUUUCCUUUUGCGGUCUCUGGCAAGGACAAUAGGAGAAGCUUCAUACCUUGCAUCUUUACGAAAAUUUGUCCAUAAGUUCCAUGGGCAACUUGUCCUUUCUCAGGAUUUUCUUUGCAUGCUGCUGGAAGACAUCCCUGAACAAAACAAAUCUGGGUUAACUGUAGAAAGUAUCUUCCAGAAUUGGCUCGACACUUCCGGAAUACCAAAGCCUUUGCUGGAGGAGAGUGAGACUUGGAAGGAGUGUCAGCUCGUCCAGCAAGUGAGCGACGAGGUCACAAAAUGGAUUCAGAUAAACCAGAAGACCAGAAAAAGCGGCAAAAAGAAAAGAAAGCAGGAUGAAGUUGUUUUCCAAAAGGAAGUCCUAUUUCUAAUACAAGAUGGAUGACUUUGCUAUACUGAGACACCGCCAAAUCAAAGCAACUGCUUCUGCAUCCAAGUACAAAAUCUAGGACAGAGAGAUAACUGUAUGGAAUAAGUGAAACAGAAUUGUGAAGGAAAGGUUGCUGACAACUGCCGGGGAAUUGCUUCUUGAAAAAAAGUUGCCUUCUAAACAGUUAAGUUUGUAGGAGCUGACUUUACAUACACAUAUAUGUAUUUAAAGAACAUUUGAAGAUACCAUGCGCUGGGUAAGAACUGUGUAACUAGUGGUAUUAACUGUGCUCAAGAGGCAUAUGAACCAGUGGGGAAGCUGGUGUAGAAAGGUGUGGUGCUGCUCUCCAGUGUGGACCCAGAUGUGAUGGAUUGCAGCAGUGUAACAAAUUCCGUGGGUGAGAGACUUUCUAGUCAAGUAACUAAGGGUUCUUGUUCUUUUGCUCUUCUGCUCUUUUUUCUUUUCCUUUUUUUUUUUUUUUUUUUUCCCUUUGAGCUUUUCUAUACUCCCAAAUCUUUUUGCUGCUCUGUCUCUGAAGUAUUUUAUUUUUUCUUAGCAGGUUUUAUUAUGAUCUUUCCUUUCCUGCUUCUUUUUCACCCCUCUCUCUUCUCCUUUGUCUCCUUCAGUCACCGUCAGUACUGUUCAUUACUUUCUAUUUACUUUAUGUAGCUUCUUCUGUUUCAUAAGUUAUCUUUUGCUCACCUUGUUUUCUCUUUAUAGUUCUCUGUAGGUACCCUUCUUACGACAUGUGUAUGUGCACAUACACACAUUUAAACACACACAGCCCUUGCGUUUCUGCUUUUGCCAUCCCUACUAUUCUCAUACAUUCUUUACUGAUUUAAUUUUAUGCUGUCUCUUCAUAUUGUCAUUUAGCUAGUCGACACAUCUAGCAAUCAGGUUUUGUAUCAAUACAGAAUGUUGUUUAUGUGAGAAAAUUAGAGAAGGUAGAACAGAGCUUGGAAAGAAUUGGUUGGUUAAAAUUAGUGUUUUAUAAUGAAGAGUGUGAUAGAAAUGCUAAGUGUUGUUAUUUUUGUUGUUAUACUGGACUGUGCCUGCUUGAAAAAAGAUUCCAUUAUCCAUGCCAGACCUGAGGAUUAGGCAGAAGAAAAUGAUCUUUCCAUUGGACUAGUGGAAUUGUAGCAUGUAAUCUGUAUCCACUGUGGAAUUCGAGGGGAAACAAAUCUUUUUAUUAGGAGAUUAAUUCACUUUCAUGAAGUUCAGUGUUAAAACAUAAAAACUGCUUUGACAAUAGUGGUAGAAAAAGUAUCAUAGGUUGUGAUACCAAAGGUACACAGUAGUUAGGGAGAACAGUGAAAUAUGAGUGUGUAUAUAUAUAAUAGGUAAGGAAGAUGAUUUGUGCAAAUUAUCAAAAUUGCAUUUGUCUGUUUCAGUUUUAGUUUGAUUCUGUACUGAAACUUUGAGGAAUAAUUCCACUUUUCCAGAAUAAUUUCUGCUGCUUUCUCAGAAAUACUGUUUUCAUGUGUUUAAAGUCUAUCUUCUAGUUUACUAAAAAUGUGAUUGUCUUUGAUUUUUUUCAUAUUGGUUGUUGCUCUUAAUCAUUCGUCUCUCUCCAGAGAUUUACAGUUGUCAGUUUUUAAGCUCUGUUAAUAACCUGAGCAAAAAUGACUUUGUUGAAAUAGCUGUUAAAUUUCUAAUAAAAAAAAUAAAAACCCAAACCAGUUGUGAUAUGUAUGACUAACGCUAAAUGCUGUAACUCUUUUGUCCUUUAAUGAGUUUACCAGUGUAACUGAAACACAGAAAAAAAAAUCUUGUAAUUUGUUAAAAUGAGUUAUGGUAUUAUACUUCAAGUAGAAAAAGUUUUGAAGUCUCGGCAAAAAAUAGGGAGAAGAAAAUAUAAUGCGGUAAAAGAACUUUUAUUUAACUAGGGAAUUUAUUGAGGAUGAUGUGCUCCUGCUAAUUCAAGUAAAGGAAUAUUAAUAUAUAAUGCGUUAAACUUACUUCAAAACUUUUAAUUACCAUGUAUUUUUUGUUUCUCAAAAUGAAUGUUUUUACUUGAAUCCACCAAACUGAGAAUCAAGGCAAGGAUCAAAUCUGAAAUAUACCUCUUGACUUUAUACACUGUGUAGUGCUUAACAGCAAAAAAAAGAUGGUAAGAAGUCCUAAAGCGUUCUUCAGUGGAGUCAUUUGCCGUACCUUACCUUUCCAAAUUCUGUUAAUCUCACAGAAAUUUCUGGAAAACCUGUAAAUAUAUUUGCUGGCCUUCACUGGUUAGAUGUAGCAUUUUAUGAAUUUGGCAAAUGGAGUUUCGAAUGGAAAAUUUUAUACCCACCCCAUGCACAAGACGUGAAUGGCAGUAAAUGUUGUUAAGCUAUCUGAGAAAUAGAGCCUGUCAUUUUAAAAACUUUUUGCCUGCAUGUGAAUAUAAUUUCAGACCAUUAAAACUAAACAUUUUCAGCAUUUAGUUUUCCAUCCCUGUAAAAAUACCUGUAUUUAUGGAUUAUUUGGAAACUAAUUGUACAGUACAGAAAAACUAUUAUUUUUUUAGGAUAGUGUUGCUUCAGAGUUCAGUUAAGAAACAUUUAAUAGAACAAGUAAAUACUCUAUGUGUAAAAAAUGUAAACGAGUGGAAUUUUUGGUUUAGCCAUAAUAAUAAUAAUAAUCUUUUAAAAAUUUAUUCCAGUUCUGACACCAGUAUCAGCUGUAUCUUAUUUGCAGUACUGUUGUGUCAGGAUCUUAGCUUCCUUUUUAAUAGCGCCCAUCUCUCUUAGCAGGGAAGUGUUGUUGCAUAGCGUAUUUCACACUGAGUCUCCCAGAUGGAUAUUAUUACUAUGUUGUCAAAGGGUGAAUGUUCCUCCUACUAGGCCACAUUCAGGCCACAGGAUGCACCCACUCCCUUUCAGGCUCUGAGAUGACCAUUUCUAAAUUAGGAGAACUCAGGCCAGCAUGGCCAUGUGUUGAAAUAGUUUAAAGUUUACAGAUAAUUACAUCACUGGUAAUGAUACUGGUCCAAGCCAGCAGCCAUCCUGUGCUGGGGAAGAUUAAGGUCACUUUUAAUGUAAAAAACACAAGGUUUGUGCGGGAAAGAAAGGCAAUUUUAGUAGAGAAGUUUUUUCCUUUUGAUCUGUGGGAAGAAUUAGUUACACGCCCGUGGUGGAGCACUAUUUGGCAAUCAGUCUCACUGGAGGCAUUUUAAUGAGGUGAUGUUUGUGCAUGUUAUCAUACGAUACUAACAAGACGAAUUACAUUACUGGGAUCUACUAAUGCCACUAACUUUUCUGUCUGCUGUUGUUUCUAGUGAUAAAGCCCUAAUUUUAGUGGUUGAAAUGUGCUCCUUUGUACCUUAGCUUACAAAUACCUUUUGUCUUUAAUAAAACGGGAAAUGGAAAAUGUGA